CAGGCCAGAAGGAGACUAGUAUACUGCAACGCAUCUCCCCCCAAGACGAUAGUAAUUAGGAGCCUAAGCCACCAGUAAUUAGAACGUGCCAAGACACCAAUAAUUAGACAGUAGCUCACUAACAGCAGUAAGAGUAGCUCAAGACAAUGCGUCUAAGCUGUAGCGGUAUGUAUACAUGCGCAGUGACGCUUGUCCUAGUAGCAGGCGUGGCACUCGCGCAGAAGAACCCGGCGAGACCUGUGGACGAUAACGAUGUGUUGGAGAGGGAGAGGGUCCCUAACGGUGGGGGGAAGAGGUACGGCAGUUCGCCCAGGAACGACGUCAGAAGGUACGGUGUGGCACCUUCUGAACUCCAGGUUCACGACGGUCAUCGCAUGAUCACCCGAGCUCUGUGGAGAAUCUUUGACGCCCUCAUGCAGAAGAAAGACCACUCACAGUUGUACGGCAGGAUGGGUUUUGUAGAGGAGGCGCUCAAGAAGAUGAUCUCUGUUGACUCCCAACUCGAGGAUGAAAUCGACAAACUCAAGGUAAGGCUCUAUCCUACAAUUUUUUUCUUUGACAAUACCUUGUAAUUUUUUACAUAUGAA